CAAGUUUUAGUCCCAUUACUUUUAGUCAUGUGAACCAUUUUGGGAAGCUUGUAAUUAAGGCCGGGUGAACCAACCAACCAACGAUGACCCCCUUCCGUUUUCUCUUCAUUAAAUUUUCAAUCCAUUCGCUCCCACUCAACCAUAUUCAUUCGGACUGACCUUCCCAUCACUGCUAGCUCCACUUCCACUUUGAGUCGCCGAUAUAGCUAGUUCCUCCAUUGCCGAUCGAUCAGGCCAUCAAGGAGGAAGACGAAGGGCGGCGUCGACGUCGCUCCAUCACGUCGGGUUGACGGCGACCAAGUAGACUGCAUGGACAUCCGGAUGAACGCUACCCAGCGCAGCAGGCUUCAGAUCAGAGCUCCUACGGUCGUCAAAGCACACAACGUCGAUGUUGCUCGACCAUGCCAGGCCCACAGCGACCAAGAAGAAGGCUACACGGCUGCGGACAUCACCCUGGAAAACGCUAUCGAGCGCCAAAAGCUUCGGAUCAGGGCUCGCCGCGCUUCCGGCGGCGCAGUUCACCAGGCUCCUCUACCAGUACAGAAUCCAGCAUCACUUUCUUCAGAUGCACCUGCGCAUCGCGCAGGGACAAAGAGGCAAGCAACCUGGCCGCCUCCUGGUGUCUCCGGCGUUCGACAGCCGCCGCAGAACCAGUUCCAGGCGCUGGCACCGCCGAGGCAGCAAUACCAGGAGCGGCCACCGCAGAUGCAGUACGUGGCAGCGCCGCCAGCGCAGGCGCUCACACUCCAGAAGCAGAGGUCACGGCCGCACGCCACGCCAGCGGCCGCCAGAACGCCGCCUCCGCAGAUGACUACCAGCUCCAAGCCGCCACUUCACCUAAGGUCCCCAGCCAACCUGGCGGCAGGCAACACGCCCUCCAUCGUUUGCCGCGUCUGCGGCGUGCGGUGCAUGACGGCGUUCAACCUCAGGCAGCACGAGGAGGGGAGGAAGCACCGGAACAAGGUGGCCAACGCCGCCGGUGAGGCAAACGUGCGGUGCGAGAUGUGCGAUGUGGUCCUCUCAGGCAAGCUCAACGUCCAGGAGCACUACGCCGGCAAGCAACACCUCCAUCGGGUCUUCUUCUCCGGUGCCAGUGCCACCGCCGGUGAGAUAAACGUGCGGUGCGAGAUGUGCGACGUGCUCAUCUCAGGUGAGCUCAACGUCCAGGAGCACUACGCCGGCAAGCACCAUCUCCGUCGGGUCUUCCUCUCCGGUGCCAGUGGCACCGCCGGCAACCCAGCAACCUGACAUGGCCAUUCUGCUAGUACUACGGUAGUACGUACCAGCUAACAACUUUCCUUUCGACUUGAUUAUCCAGUGGUUUUUUAACAUUAAACUGUCCUGUAAGUGUGCAUAUAUUACUGCAUUCACAGUGUCAGUCUGACUGCUAAAUUCGUCAUUUGAAUACUGUAACGGAUUAUAUUUGUACCU